AGUGGCAGAGCUACCGCAACAUAAGCCAUGUAGCAGAUGCGCGCUCUCAAGUUCAAUUGCCAACACUAGGAAGGGUCCUACCUCGGCCGUUGCCUCACCAUCUCGAUGCACCAUGUUGCCGCUGGAGUGGUACCACUUCUGACUGCACGCUGUCUUAGUGGCAUACCAUCCCCUUCAACGCUUAUUCGAAACGAGAUGCGAGCUGCUGUGACUACCCGACUUGGUCCAACAUACACAACGAGUCGAAGCCUUUCAUGCCCGUGGGUCACAUCGAAGCAUUCUUGUUCAGUCUCCCCGUUCUGCUGGCAUAUCACCCUUCAUAGACUAUCGAAACUACUCCCCUCUGCAUGCGCUUCUGGUCUUUACCGGGGGCUUGUUCAGUACCAGGUUCCAAUAUGUACACGGCACCCGCGCCGUGCCGUCGGGCCAUCAUCAACACCGUCUGAAACGUGCCUGCCGGGCACCGACUGUACACAAACAGCUGGCCCUCUGCAAGUACCCGUCAAAUCUCCCGCUAAAGGGUUCGUGAGGCUGUAGGCCGGUGGUCGACACAAGGAAACCAGACCUGACCCUUUCAUCAUUUUACUUAACUUGCAAUGCCAGCAGACUCAUCUGUGCGACCCUCACCAAGGAGAUUGGUACCCCCCAUUACUUCGGG